AAAACUGUCUCGUGGCGGACGCCCGCACCGACGACGACCCCGACGGGCACCUGCGUGUACUCCGCCAUCCCGCCUUGGUAAAGUCAUCGCCCGCGACGCGCUGGCCGGGAAGCGACGCGACCCAUUUGUUCGGCGUCGGCACGGCACCCUUUGGGCACAGGCCACAGCGCACACUGCACACUGCGGUUACGACCAGGCGGACGCGCAAAAGGCAAAGUCCAACGCUCGUCGGCGGACAGUGCGGCGCGCCUCCGAUCCACCACCAACCAUGUACCCGAAGGCAGACGAGGGUGCGCAGCCGCUGGCCACGGGCAUCCCCAUCAGCGGCGGGCGGGGCGGCUACUACCAGGCGGGCGGCGCGACGGCGGCGUUCGCGGUGCAGGCGCAGGCGGCGCCCGUCGCCGCCUGGUCCACGGGGCUCUGCGACUGCUUCGACGACUGCAGCAACUGCUGCGUGACGUGCCUGUGCCCGUGCAUCACGUUCGGGCAGAUCGCGGAGAUCAUCGACCGGGGCUCCACGUCGUGCGGCACCAGCGGCGCGCUGUACACGCUCGUCAUGCUGCUCACCGGCUGCCAGUGCGUCUACUCCUGCUUCUACCGCGCCAAGAUGCGCGCGCAGUACGGCCUCCGGGAGAGCCCCUGCGCCGACUGCUGCGUCCACUGCUGCUGCGAGUGCUGCGCGCUCUGCCAGGAGUUCCGCGAGCUCAAGAAGCGGGGGUUCGACAUGAACAUAGGGUGGCAUGCGAACAUGGAGAGGCAGGGGCGCACCGCCGCCACCAUGCCGCCGCUGAUGCACCCUGGGAUGACCCGCUGAAUGCUGCCGCGCGCUCCCCUCGCUCGCCCCAAUUUGUUGCAUGAGGGAACCCGAUUCGUAUGUAUCGGUCCGCGCCCAUCCUCUGCGCUGCGCGCGUACCAAACGAACCUUGUCGUUUACGUUUUGUAUAUUUCCUUUUAGGCUUGGACAGAGAGGUGGUUUUUGGUACAAUAUCAUUUUGUCUUCCCAAUCAGUUCCACCACCAAUAGGGUUAUACAAAGGAUAAGCUAAAGGAUCAUAGCCAUCAUGAUAAGCCCUAAUAUAAUGCGGGCGGUCCUCGUGACCAUAUAUUAUUAUGCUCCUGUCAAAUCUAUGCUGGGGAUCAUUGCACGCCCAUGUAACUACCCCGUCCUGGUAUCUACUCUGAGUUUGUAUUAAGGAAAAAAAAAGAGACUAUCAUGUCACCAUAUAUAAACGAAAAUUCUCUGCAGUUUGUUAGCUACCUCUUCAAUCUAUGGCUUCAGGGGUGCUGAUGCAAGCUGCUUUCACUUCGUAGAGUUGCUUUGCUUGCACCCCUACGAACAACGUGUAUCCAUGAUCUCUCUAUGACCUUGUUUAGUUUCAAAAUAUUUUAGAAAA